CCUUUGACUAUUGCUUUCUUGCCCUUGUGCUGAUGCAAUACCUGAUGUUGGUCAGGGGGUCACCAAAAUUACACUUAAGGUUAGUCCAUUUUCAAAGCUGACCUUACCAAAUUGGGUUGUCAACCUCAGGUACCCCAACUUUAAACAGCAAUAGUACAAUAACCAUAGCAUAUAGAGCUUAGCAGAGGGUACCAUUGUGCUCAGGGAGCUCUGUUCUAUCAGCUGACCUCAAAAGAUCAACUAUUUUUUUCCUAACCCUGACCCCCAUUUGCUCAUUCAUGGCAGACGCACGAGAAGCUGCAUUUGAGAAAUAUCAACACCAAUUAGAGGCAGAAAAAGUUACAAAGCAUCAGAGGAUAGAGAGCAAUCGCAUACUCAAGCAUCAAGAAGAGGAGGCAAAGCGUGCACAGCGUGCAGUAGAGAAGGAAGAGCGUGACAGACAGCGCAUGCAGGAGUGUGCUGCAAUUGAUGCUCGCAAAGAGCAAAGGCGCAAGGAUAAAGAAGCUUGCAACACUCAAAAAGCUCUACAAUUGCCCCAAACAGGCAAGCGUAAAGCUUCAAAGCCUUUGGCAAAGCCUAUGAAGAAGCAGCGUAGUGGUGCGGCUGCCUGUAGGGGUGUUGUUGAGCCAGAGCCUGCACCUGCACCUUGCACCCACAAGACCCGCAGUGGCCAAACUGCAACUCUAUACAAUUAG